CAGAAAUAUGAAAAUAAAUAUGACGCGCACACAGCACCGUGCAGUGCAGUGUGCAGGUACGCAUGCACACCAGUAGAACCACACGGCAGUACAUGCAUCUUGAUCGGCACACAGAUUUCAGAGUAGUAUAGACACUGGCUAGACGAGCAGUACAGCAGGUCCAAUGGCCGACCCAGACAGACCCAGAUGCGUGCGUGACGAUACACGGGGUUUACAUAUGACGAUAUUCACGACGCAUGGAUGCAUGCAUGCAUGCAGACGAUAUCGAGACGAUUUGGCCGCCGUACGCGGAGUCGGUUGAGCAGACGAGCAGCGAGCGGGUGGUGGUCAUAAAUGUCUUAGUCGUCGUCUCCGCAUGCAGCAUGCAGUCAGCACGCAGGCGCCCAAUAGUCAGUCCAUGCACUGCAUCUGCAUGCAUGUGCCACUGCUUCCCUGGCCUUCCCCCUCCGCUCCUCUCUCUCCCGUCCGGCCGUCCCAAUGCAGAUGAGAGCUGAGGAGCGCCGGCGGCUGCGCGCGCGCGUGCCGGCCGCAACUCACCGGCUGCGUACAGCAAUGUCAUGCGCCACGAUAUAUGGGCCCGUCCCUAGCUAGCCAUCAAUCAUGAUGCUGUGUCGGGCGGGGGCCUCAUCGUCGCCGCCGCUCCGGCCCUCCCUUCCACCGCUGGGCGCUAGCUAGCUGUACCACAUACGACUCCAACAUAUAGCAGGCGAGGCGAGGCGCGGCGCAGCGUCCCAACCAACCGUAUUUACUCCGAGCGAGAUCAUCCGCCCUGCCUGCGACUGCGAUCGAGAGCUCUUCCAUCGCGCGGCUACCUCUCCUCCUUCCUAUAUAAACACCCUGCACCCUUCCAAUCCAGUCUCGCAGAGGCAGAGCACCAGUGUCCAGUGCUUAGCGUAGCAGCUUGGUCUUGGAUAUCAGAUUGCUCUCUCUGGUGCGAGAGCGAGCGAGCGAGCGAUCCGAUCGAUGGGGAAGCGCGUGUGGGCGGCGGCGUUCGCGGCGCUGGCCGUGGUGAUCGCGCUCGGCGUGCCCGCCGGCCGCGUCGCUGAGGCGCGCACCUUGGAGAAGGACGGCCUGCUGGGCGGAGGCUUCGGUGCUGGAGGCGGAGGUGGUUUCGGUGCGGGUGCGGGUGCGGGCCUUGGCCAUGGCAGUGGUCUUGGGGGCGGAUUUGGAGGAGGUAAAGGCGGCGGUGGAGGCCUUGGCGGGGGGAUCGGACAUGGCGGCGGCCUUGGUGGUGGCUUCGGUGGCGGGAAAGGUGGCGGGCUAGGUGGAGGAGGAGGCCUUGGUGGUGGCCUUGGAGGUGGCUUUGGAGGCGGGAAAGGUGGCGGUCUUGGUGGAGGUGGUGGCCUCGGUGGUGGAGGUGGCCUUGGUGGUGGUGCAGGAGGAGGCGGCGGCCUUGGUGGUGGUGCAGGCGGAGGCGGCGGCCUUGGGGGCGGUGCUGGUGGAGGCGGUGGUCUUGGUGGCGGCGCUGGAGGAGGUGCUGGCGGUGGUCUUGGCGGCGGCGCGGGAGGUGGUGCUGGCGGUGGUCUUGGCGGCGGCGCUGGAGGAGGUGCUGGCGGUGGUCUUGGCGGCGGUGCGGGAGGUGGUGCUGGCGGUGGUCUUGGCGGCGGCGCGGGAGGUGGUGCUGGCGGUGGUCUUGGCGGCGGCGCGGGAGGUGGUGCCGGAGCUGGCGGCGGUUUCGGAGGAGGCAAAGGAGGAGGCUUCGGUGGUGGCGUUGGAGGGGGCGGCGGCGCAGGCGGUGGUGCCGGUGGCGGUUUCGGAGGAGGCAAAGGCGGCGGGUUUGGCGGCGGCAAGGGAGGCGGCUUCGGCGGAGGCGCAGGUGGUGGCAAGGGCGGUGGCUUCGGCGGCGGAUCAGGCGGAGGCUUUGGUGGUGGCGGCGGCGCGGGCGGUGGUUUCGGCGGAGGAGCUGGUGGUGGUGCCGGUGGCGGGGGCGGCUUCGGCGGAGGCGCUGGAGGCGGCGGCGGCAUCGGUGGCGGACUUUGAGUCACGUAGACGGCGCGGGAGCCCGGCGCGCGCACGUGCAACUCAGCUCGGACGUGCAGUGCAUGUGCAUGGGUUGUGCUUUCGGUAUUUGACAGAGCCAGAGUCACAUUACACUUGUGCAUGGGUUUGUGGUUUCCGUAGUAUACUAU